AUAUUUGAAAGGAUAUCCGGUUAGCGCACUCUAACGGAUGCAUUUUUACUUAACGUUCUUUCUCGUUCAUGGCUCGUAUUAAUAUUUAGAUCUUUUCACGAUGAAGUUGAACGUAUCAUUCCCGGCAACAGGAUGCCAAAAAUUAUUCGAGAUUUCGGACGAGCACAAGCUCCGAAUGUUUUACGAAAAACGAAUGGGAGCAGAGGUAGAAGCCGAUUCUCUUGGCGAUGAAUGGAAGGGAUAUGUAGUACGUAUUGCUGGUGGUAAUGACAAACAAGGCUUCCCUAUGAAACAGGGUAUUUUAACUAAUGGUCGCGUACGAUUAUUACUAUCGAAGGGACACUCUUGCUAUAGACCCAGACGCGAUGGUGAAAGGAAACGUAAAUCUGUACGUGGUUGCAUCGUCGAUGCGAAUCUGUCGGUACUUGCUCUGGUAAUUGCGAAAAAGGGAGAACAGGAAAUUCCUGGACUUACCGAUACGCAAGUUCCACGUCGUUUGGGACCAAAAAGAGCUAGUAAAAUUCGUAAGCUCUUUAAUCUUUCUAAGGAAGACGACGUACGUCAAUUCGUUGUUAAAAGACCUGUACAGAAAGAAGGCAAAAAGGAACGUCUAAAGGCACCUAAAAUACAACGUCUUAUUACUCCAUUAACGUUACAGAGAAGAAGACAUAGACGUGCAUUGAAAAAGAGGCGUUGUUUGGCACGUAAGGAACAGGCUGCCGAUUAUGCCAAGUUGCUGGCCCAAAGGCAAAAGGAAGCAAAGAAUAGACGUCAAGAAGAAAUAAAACGAAGACGUAGUGCUUCCAUGCGUGAUUCGAAAUCAUCGAAUCAGUCUACACCAACAGCAGCAACACAGAAAUGAAAGAAGAAUUAAAAUGUCUUUAAGAAAUAAUAAAAAAUAAUAAAAAAUA